GAGCGGCGGCCGGCAGGCCCCGCCCCCGCGGCGCCCACGUGCAGCGGCUGGGCCCGGGGCCUCCAGGGGACCGUCUGGCCCCCAAAGCGCCUUCCUACGUGCGGGGAUAGUAACCAGCACGGGGCUGAAAGCUGAGAUCAAAGACGCCCAUGAGCCGGCGUGAGUGGAUGAGAGAAGCGAGCAAGAAGCAGCACCCGUCAGCCUGAGGGUUCGUUCCAGGGCCAGGCCUGCAGCCGGCGCCCUUACCUGCCCGUGGAGGUUCCAGGACCACUCGGAGCCGGGCGGCUGCCGGAUCUGGGCUGCGGCUCCGAGGCAGCUUUCAGAGGGGCGGGGCCAAGGGCUGGGCGUUCCCGCGGGCGGGGCGUCCCGGGGGCGGGGCGGGCCCCUGUGUUUGUUGCACCGUGUCAGUUACUUUGUAACAAAAGUGGUGCAGCCGCUGCUCCGGCCGGCUCCCUAGGCCGGCCCGCCUCUAGCUGUCGCCGACAUGGAACCCGUGGCCAGCAACAUCCAGGUCCUGCUGCAGGCGGCCGAGUUCCUGGAGCGCCGUGAGAGAGAGGCCGAGCAUGGUUAUGCGUCCCUGUGCCCGCACCGCAGUCCCGGCCCCAUCCACAGGAGGAAGAAGCGACCUCCCGAGGCUCCUGGCGCGCAGGACAGCGGGCGGUCUGUGCACAAUGAACUGGAGAAGCGCAGGAGGGCCCAGUUGAAGCGGUGUCUGGAGCGGCUGAAACAGCAGAUGCCCCUGGGGGCUGACUGUGCUCGAUACACCACACUGAGCCUGCUGCGCCGUGCCAGGAUGCACAUCCAGAAACUGGAGGAGCAGGAGCAGCGGGCCCGGCAGCUCAAGGAGAGGCUGCGCAGCAAGCAGCAGAGCCUGCAGCGGCAGCUGGAGCAGCUCCGGGGGCUGGCAGGGGCAGCCGAGCGGGAACGGCUGCGGGCGGACAGCCUGGACUCCUCAGGCCUUUCCUCCGAGCGGUCAGACUCAGACCAAGAGGAGCUGGAGGUGGAUGUGGAGAGCCUGGUGUUUGGGGGUGAGGCUGAGCUGCUGCGGGGCUUCAUCGCGGGCCAGGAGCACAGCUACUCGCACAGCAGCGGCGCCUGGCUAUGAUGUUCUUCACCCAGGGCAGGCCUCUGCCCUCUGCUCGUGCCAGGCCCACCUGCCAGGGAUGAGCUCUCCCCAAGCCUUAAGUGCUGUUAGGAGUCCUCUGUUGGAAUGGACUAAAAGGACCCUUGUGUGGGAACAGGUGCUCCCCCAUACCCUGCUGCUGGCUGCCAGGCAGGCCCUCUGGAAGAGGCAGGACUCAUCAGGACCUCCCUAAACCCCUGCAGGGCAGGCAGCUUGGGCCUGAGCCCAAGCACCUGGCUCUGCUGCCUCCAAGGGAACAGGAAGCCUCUUGGGCCUCUUCCCUUCUUGGACAAGGCCCCCUGGCCUUUGCCUCACAUAACUGUACAGUAUCUUCAUUAAAAGCCUCUUUCAUAACUUCC